UUUGUCUCUCAGCAGCACAGGAGAUGACCCAGGACAUCAUGAUGGCGACCAUCCUCUCCUCCUAGCUCGCCCUCCUAGUGCGGCACUGGAAAAAGGGAUCACAUCCGCCACCCUCACCAUCGCAGCUUCUCUGCACCAUCCCCAUGGUCCCUUGAUCCAGUUCCUAGUGGAGCGCCACCAGACAUGGGCCUCGGCUGUGGUUCGUGACAGCGCGACAAGGUACUUCCUCCACAAUUUCCUUGCCCCCUCAAGUUUUCCUCUUGGGCUUGCUUAUAAAGGCUGGGAAACCAAAUGGCGACGGGAAUGCCGGAGUGUUUUUCUUCCUGUGGUUUGCAGUGGCAGGAAGAGGGCAAAUCGAGGACUUUUUUACUGUCAAAAGCUUGAUUUGCAGCCAUGGAGCCUCCGUCACCUUCCGGAUCUUCCUUUUCCGCCAAUCAUCAACAAGCGUCGAGCUUGGAUGACCUCCCCGUUCAACAAAGCCUGCACUUUUCAGAUAGUCUCAAGGGCCUGAGGACUAUGAGAUCACAGUUAUACUCAGCAGCCGAGUAUUUUGAAUUAUCUUACAUUAACAAUGAGAGGAAAGAAGUAGUGAUGAGGGCACUGAAAGAAUAUACUGUUGAAGCCAUUGUUAAUACUGUAGAUCAUUUAGGUUCAGUAUCAUACAAGGUAAAUAAUCUUCUCAAUGAAGAGGUUGAUCAGGUAUUUCUAGCAGAGUCUGAAAUAUCCUGUGUCGAUCAGAAACUUCGUACAUGCCAAGCAUGUAUUGACCUAGAAGGCCUUUCUCAGCAAUCUCUAUUGAUCAGAACCCCAAAGUAUCACAAACAUUACAUUAUGCAAGGUGAAUCCUUGGCUGAUUCUGACACACAAGCUAUCCUAAAAUAUGAAGGAUUCUACCCGUCUAAGGAGAGCAACAGAAUACAAGGUCACCAAACUGCUAGGCAUGGUCUAUCUCCCUUGAGAAAUGCUCGUUUAAGAUCUCCAUCACCUUCUCUUCCAGUAAGAGAGAACAUGCUGCCCCCACCUCCUAGCAUAUGCUCAACUCCACCUUUACCACACACAGGGAUGACCAUCUGUCAAGAAAGAAGAGCAAGUUCACCACUUCGAGCUUCUAGUCCACUUAUACGUGCAAGAACUAUAUCAGACAGAUCAAAUAAUCCCAAAUCAUCCAAGCAGUAUAUUCUGGAGUCUCAAAAGUCACUUCCAACAAGCAUCUCUGCCGAGCAGAACAAUCAUAAACAGCUCAAGCGAAAUUUAACAAAAAAGAGAGGAUUCCUUAGGAGCUUGCUCUCGCGGAAUAGAUCAUGGACUGAUGUGUCCUUGUACAGUUACUUGGAUGAAUAUUGAUGAAGUUCACAAAAGUAUAAAUUAGCUACUACUCUAAUAGCCUUCUUCAUCCUUUUUUCAAUGUUAAAAUUGAAUUGGUUUUACAUUUUUGUGUGUUCUCUGUUGAAGACAGAUGAAGCAUUGUGCAAGACAACAAAUAUACUGCCUAAUAAUUCCUAAUUUAUUAUAAAUGUUUAUCAUAAAAUUGUCAAUCA